CUACCCCCGGGCAAUCGAACUCUACCCCCCGGGCAUCUCUUGGGCUCGGCCAAUGGCAGGGCGGAACUCUUAUCACCGGGAAAGCUCCAGCACCCCUGGGUGGAACUCUACCACCCCAGGCGCCAAGAGAUGCCUGUUUGGGAGAAGCGCGCACGUGGAAGGCUUGUUCGGUGGGAUUCAGUGGGUCCGGGAGGCAGAGCUCUACAUGGGUGCCGCCAAUGGCAAAAGGGAACCGUAGGGGCUGGUUACUGUGGUCGCG